AUGAGCGCACCCACCCGGCUAAUGAGCUUGCCAGCUUUGAAAGAAACACCCUCCUCAGUUGAGAAUCAUGAACUUCUUGAAUUUCAGCAAAGGCCGCCAGUAGACUCUUUAUCAAUUGAGAGGAUAGCAAGUCCAUUUCAUACCAGUUUUGGGAUCACCUUUACAGAUCUCGCCUCAACGCAGCAGCGAUAUGGAAAUCCUCAAUUCUUCGGCUUCCGCCUCGCUGCAAACGGUGUUUGUGUGUCAACAAGUGGCGAGUGUAGCCCAGCAGCAACUGCUUGGUUUAUAGACAAGCUCAAACUACCCGUCAUCCAGAAGACGUCCUGGAAUCAAGGGUCAAGUCAAAGAGAUCGAUCAUCUCGUCGGGUUCAAGGGCUGCACAGCAGAAGACCCACCAUUCAAAUACGGAGGAUGGAUCACUUCUGUUUCAUUAUUUUCGUUUUGAUCUAUCCCGCCCACAAAGUUGCAAAGUCGCAAAGUCGCAACGAAACGCCAAAUAAAUAUGAUCUCGACUGCGCUCGGUCCCUGGUCUGGCUUUCCCCGCAAUCGGCAGUCGGUAACCCAAACCCAAAUUCUUCCCGCCCGGAAUGA